AUGGAAGUGGCCUCUGCUCCUAGCUCAAUUAGUAAGAAUAUAGACGAAAAAGAGUUUUCAGCUCACCAAAUUGAAAAAAUGUUUGCUAAAGAGCAAGAGAUAAUGAAAAGAAAGCAGGAGAAAAACAUUGAGAGGCUGAUUGCAUUGCAUUCAGAGAGUAUUGCAAAGGGUACAAUUUCUUUGCUUCCAUCUGAGAGCACUAUCUCUGAACUGGGUAUCAAGGAUGUCAUUCCAAUUAAUAAAGUAUCUAUCUCAGAUCUUUCUCCUACAAAUUCUCCUUCUACUCCACUAUCUUCACCAACAUUUUCUUUCUCUCCUCUGCUAUUCUCUGCAAUCAUAUUGUGCAAGAUUAUAGUUUCCUGGUUCCACAUUUUUGCUGGCCUAGCAACUAUUGCAAAAUAUGCAUGCAAUAUACUGAAUGCUCACUCUACAUUCUUUCUGACUGCGACUUGUGUCUUUGCAAAGUUCUAA